CGAACCAUGGGCGUCAGCAAGGACGAGGCGCGCGCGCUCCUGAGCGUCGCGCCGGGCGACGACGACGAGGCCAUCAAGAAGAAGUACCGCAAGCUCGCCCUGAAGAACCACCCGGACAAGAACCCCGACGACCCGAAAGCGACGGAGAAGUUCCAGAAGAUCGCCGAGGCCUACAAGUGCCUCACGGACCCGAAC